AUGGCUGUCUUAAGGGAUGGAAAAACGACCAAAAACCAGCCGAAGGCGUCUUCCGGAAAUCCAUCGGGAGUAAACAAACCUCCUACAUCAAAGACCAAGGCGCCGGAUCCACAGGAGAGAAAUCUUCAAGAUCGGAGACUUCAAGUCAAGGCAAGUAAAGAUGCUCGACAGAAAGAUCUUGAAGGUCUUAAGCAGAAGUUGAAUGGGAUUAAGUCUGAUCUGGAAUCCCCGGAAACCUCGGAGGAAUCGAAAUCGCAAAUGGAGGAGUCGCUAAAGAACAUGAUGAACAUUUACACGAAUAUGGAAAAGGAAGUUACGGAAUUUAACUCGGAUCUCAUGGAAAUUGAUUCAGAUCUGAGGAAAAUCGAAAAUGAUAAGCACCAGACGGACCCAGAUCCGAUGGAGGACGUUCAAAAUGAAGAGUAUAAACAACAUGCCCAGCCUGUCACUGACAACGCAAGUGUACCUGCGGCAGCAAAUGGCACAAAUGAUAACGAAAGUCCGCUUCUUUUUUCCCAGAGCAGGCCAGACAAUAUAAACUCUUUGGUUGACGAAGAAAAGCCUACUAGCUGGGCCGACUUUGAUAUUAUUGACCUGACGAAAGAUGAGGACAGUCAGGCUGACCUUCUUGGAGAAGGCAAGACUUUGCUGACAACCAACUGCCGGAGCGGGAAAUUGUACAUGAACUCGUAUGGGCCCAAGAACAGCGCGAUGCUUACUUGGACUUCAGCUCCUGGAGCAAGCGAAGGCGAAAAUGUUACCAAUAUUCGCUCCAAGAAUCACAAAUGGGCCAUGGACACAGACGAUGAUGGACACUUCAUAUACAAAGGCAAAAUCGCGCAUAUCAAAGGAAUCGCUUGGCUCCCCAAGCAAGACACCCACUGUAUGCAGGACCUUCUGGACUCUGUCGAAGAACUAAAUCCUGUGAAUAAAAUUGACGACCCGAAAUAUCGAUUUCCGUUUAGUACUGUUCUCGUUGGUUGGAAGGACGUCCGGCUGUUGCCGGCUUGUAUCAACCGUUCGAAUUACAAGGACCUUACCAGCGCGAGCAAAGAAGCGAGCAAACGCACCGAUAGAAAAUUCUACGAGAUUGCCUGUCUUCAAGUGAAAAGAUUCAAGAAUUGGGCAGGUGAAGACAGAUUAGGGAGAGAUAAAAGCCCAAGCCCAUUGGAAGAGACUCCGGAGCCAGAGGAGAGACUCCAGAACCAGAACGGCCAGACCCAGAACGGCCAGACCCAGAACGGCCAGACCCAGAACGGCCAAAACCAGCAAUUUUCGAAUAAUACCCCAUCGGAAAAUGAGCAAGGCAACCCUAGAAUGCCCGUCAAUUUUACAUUUAACAGGAACAAAUUCAUUGAAGACCUCUUUAGACGCAAAGGCUGGGAUAAAUUGAGCGAAGAGGAACAGAUGGAAAAGGAGGCUUUGGCUCAGGCAAAAUAUCAUAUCUAUCGGCGAAAGAUGAUAGAGCAAGGUGCCAAAGAAGUGGAAGAUAGCUAA